AUGACCUAUUUAAAUAAACAGGUGUCCCAGGACUUCCCAUUUCUCCAUCCCAGUGAAAGCAGUGUCCUGAAUCGCCUCUGCCGGCUGGGCACAGACUACAUUCGCUUCACGGAGUUCAUUGAACAGUACACAGGCCAUGUGCAGCAGCAGGAUCACCAUCCAUCUCAGCAGGGCCAAGGUGGGUUACAUGGAAUCUACCUGAGGGCCUUCUGCACAGGGCUGGAUUCGGUUUUGCAGCCUUAUCGCCAAGCACUGCUGGAUUUAGAACAAGAGUUUCUGGCUGAUCCCCAUCUCUCCAUAUCACAUGUCAAUUACUCCUUGGAUCAGUUCCAGCUCCUCUUUCCCUCUGUGAUGGUUGUCGUGGAGCAAAUUAAAAGUCAAAAGAUUCAUGGUUGUCAAAUCCUGGAAACCGUCUACAAGUACAGCUGUGGGGGGUUGCCCCCUGUCCGCAGUGCUUUAGAAAAAGUCCUGGCCGUGUGUCAUGGGGUCAUGUAUAAGCAGCUCUCGGCCUGGAUGCUUCAUGGACUCCUCUUGGACCAGCACGAAGAGUUCUUCAUCAAACAGGGGCCAUCUUCUGGUAAUGUCUCUGCCCAGCCAGAAGAGGAUGAGGAGGACCUAGGCAUCGGGGGCCUGACGGGAAAGCAGUUGAAGGAACUCCAGGACUUGCGCCUGAUUGAGGAAGAGAACAUGCUGGCCCCGUCUCUAAAGCAGUUCUCCCUGCGGGUGGAGAUUUUGCCCUCCUACAUUCCAGUAAGGGUUGCUGAGAAAAUCCUCUUUGUCGGAGAAUCUGUCCAGAUGUUCGAGAAUCAAAAUGUGAGCCUCACUCGGAAAGGCUCCAUCUUGAAAAACCAGGAGGACACAUUUGCCGCAGAGCUGCAUCGACUCAAGCAGCAGCCGCGCUUCAGCCUCGUGGACUUUGAGCAGGUGGUGGAUCGCAUCCGGAGCACCGUGGCAGAGCAUCUCUGGAAGCUUAUGGUGGAAGAGUCGGAUUUACUGGGUCAGCUGAAGAUCAUUAAAGACUUUUACCUUCUGGGACGUGGAGAGCUGUUUCAGGCCUUCAUUGACACUGCUCAGCACAUGCUGAAAACGCCACCCACUGCAGUGACUGAGCAUGAUGUGAAUGUGGCCUUCCAGCAGUCGGCGCACAAGGUGCUGCUGGAUGACGACAACCUCCUCCCUCUGCUGCACUUGACCAUUGAGUAUCAUGGGAAGGAGCACAAAGAUGCUACGCAGGCGAGAGAAGGAGCUUCUCGGGAGACCUCGCCCCGGGAAGCACCCGCAUCCGGCUGGGCAGCCCUAGGCCUUUCCUACAAAGUACAGUGGCCACUGCACAUUCUCUUCACCCCUGCUGUCCUGGAAAAGUACAAUGUUGUUUUCAAGUACUUACUGAGUGUGCGCCGGGUACAAGCUCAACUGCAGCACUGCUGGGCCCUGCAGAUGCAGCGCAAGCACCUCAAGUCCAACCAGACCGACGCCAUCAAGUGGCGCUUACGAAAUCACAUGGCAUUUUUGGUGGACAAUCUUCAGUACUACCUCCAGGUGGAUGUGCUGGAGUCUCAGUUCUCACAGCUGCUUCAUCAGAUCAAUUCUACCCGAGACUUUGAAAGCAUCCGAUUGGCUCAUGACCACUUCCUGAGCAAUCUGCUGGCUCAGUCCUUUAUCUUGCUGAAACCUGUGUUUCACUGCCUGAAUGAAAUCCUAGAUCUGUGUCACAGUUUCUGCUCUCUGGUCAGUCAGAACCUAGGCCCACUGGAUGAGCGUGGAGCCGCACAGCUGAGUAUUCUCGUAAAGGGCUUUAGCCGCCAGUCGUCACUCCUGUUCAAGAUCCUUUCCAGUGUUCGGAACCAUCAGAUCAACUCAGAUUUGGCUCAACUACUGUUACGACUAGACUAUAACAAAUACUACACCCAGGCCGGGGGUACUCUGGGCAGUUUCGGUAUGUGAAAUUUUCUGGUAUAGAAACCAAACUGACUGUCUUACCACGUUGUCAAGUCAAAGAAGAUUCCUAACAAGCUUACCGUUCUCUCAUCACCCACCACGCCUGCAGCUGGUGAAGCAGUUAGUCAGUAUCCAGAUGUACAGAUAUUCCCGUCAUCUCCAUGUAGAAGGGGUCUGCCACAUCUCCGGGAGUUAACUCAGCCACCUAGAACAGCGGUUCUGAUGGAGUCAAACAACCCUUUCACAGGAGUCACCUAAGACCAUCGG